CGAAGUGGUUUUUGUUGUUGAAAUUUGAAACUACCUCUCCGUAGUUUAUCAAUGGCGAUGAUUCGAUGCACCGCUUUAGACGAUUCUUUCUUGAUUUUAGCUUCUUAAAUUGACCUUAGCUUUCUCCACCGCUACUCACUCACUUCCUCUAGAAAAGGUCUGGUAGAUUAUAAAACUGAUAAUUGUGCGGAAUGGCACAGACAAGUUUCACAGGUUCCGCGAUUUCAAGUGGACUGACACAUAGAAAGAAGGAAUGGAACAGGAUAAAUACGUAUACGAGUUCUCAUUCUUUGUUAAACCAGUAUGAAAUUUGUAGAUUUAGGAAGGAAUUAGGCUACAAAGAUGGUCUGCGAAGCUGCCACCUAUCUGCAAUGCAUAGAAAUUCAUUGUUGUCACCAUUACUGACACAUAGGAAAUGCCAUUCUCCAGCACUUCACAGUCAGGUAGGGUCUGAUUUUGGUGUGGAAGAUGCCGAGGAGAGACUCACGUUGAAUGAACAAAAGGAUACUGCCCGGAUUAAUUCAAUUGCAACUGAUAAUGUUGAUGUCCAUGAGGUGACGGAAACUUCUACGGAUGUGAAGAGGGAACUUAUUAUGCUUUCUCUGCCUGCGAUUGCUGGACAGGCUAUUGAUCCGUUUGCACAACUGAUGGAGACAGCAUACAUUGGAAGAUAUAGUUCCGUGGCAUUAGCCUCUGCAGGUGUUUCUGUAUCGAUUUUUAACGUGGUAUCAAAGUUGUUCAAUAUUCCUCUCUUCAGUGUUGCGACUUCCUUUGUUGCUGAAGACAUUUCUAGGAAUGCUAUUGAAAAUUUGUCAUCAGCGGAGAGUACUAAUGGAAAGCCUCUUGAAAGAAAACAAUUAUCAUCAGUGUCAACUGCUUUACUUCUAGCAAUUUUGAUUGGCAUCAUUGAGGCAUUGGCAUUAUCUCUUGGAUCUGGAUUGUUUCUUAAGUUGAUGGGAGUACCCUCAACAUCAGAUAUGCAUGUUCCAGCAAAACAUUUUCUUUCGCUUAGAGCUCUUGGGGCUCCCGCUGUGGUAAUCUCUUUGGCUCUUCAAGGAAUUUUUCGUGGUUUCAAAGAUACACAGACUCCUGUUUUCUGUUUAGGUGUUGGUAAUGUAUUAUCCAUAUUCUUUUUCCCCAUACUUAUGUUUGGCUUUCGAAUGGGUGUGACUGGGGCAGCUCUCUCUACUGUUUUAUCUCAGUACAUUGUUGCCUUUCUGAUGAUUAGGCAUUUAAACAAGAAAGUUUUAUUAUUGCCCCCAAAGAUUGGGGAAUUGCAAUUUGGUGGCUACAUAAAAUCUGGUGGUUUUCUUAUUGGAAGAACUCUUUCAGUCCUAAUAACAAUGACACUGGGGACUUCUAUGGCUGCUCGUCAAGGUUCAAUGCCCAUGGCUGCGCAUCAGAUAUGCAUGCAAGUAUGGCUUGCUGUAUCUCUUCUAACAGAUGCGCUUGCAACAUCUGGUCAGGCAUUGAUUGCAAGUUACCUAUCUAAAGGCGACCUACAAACUGUGAAGGAAGUUGCUAACUUUGUGUUGAAAAUAGGGGUUGCCACUGGUGUUUCAUUGGCUGCAAUCCUAGGUGUAUCAUUUAGUUCUUUAGCGACCUUGUUCACGCAAGAUGCUGAAGUUCUAGCGAUUGUUAGAACCGGUGUGCUGUUCGUCAGUGCUAGUCAACCUAUAAAUGCCUUAGCGUUUAUAUUUGAUGGUCUCCAUUAUGGCGUCUCAGACUUUCCUUAUGCAGCUGGUUCUAUGAUGUUGCUGAGUGCCGUCUCUUCCACAUUUUUGCUCUUUGCCCCAAAGACUCUCGGUCUUCGAGGGGUUUGGUUGGGCUUAACUCUAUUUAUGGCUCUGCGGAUGACAGCAGGAUUUGUCAGAAUACUAUCUAAAACCGGGCCUUGGUGGUUCCUGCACAAGGACUUAGAGAGAGCUUGAAUGUCCCAUCGAGAAGCUCUGCUAUCCAUCUGCAUCUCAUCUUUGAGGUUAUUGCAGAUAACUGACCCGUAGAGUGGAAGGGCUGCAUCAGGGAACUAGAUAUGUACUUUUCGAAGGUUUGAGCAUGAAAAUGUAUUUGAGCUUGUGUUCACUUUUGAAUCCGGUGACCAAGAUGAGUAGGUCUGCUUCCAUUGGUGCAGUUUCACCUUCAACCAACACUCCAUUUUUGCAGAAACCGAAGCUCGGGGCCUUUUUCAAUUUGUUUUCUCCCUCUUCGACUUAGUUGUUGAAAUUUUCCGGGACAGUUGAGGAGGCUGUGUUGGGGACCAUGCCAUGUUUUGCCUAACGAAGCUUCUGUUUUAUAUCACUUUCAACAAAUUUUGAGUAUGCAUCUGUCAAAGAACAAGUGAGCACCCUUUAGAGAAAUAGAAAUAUUUAUUUAUCCAAAA